CAAUGUCAACUCCACUUUGCAAUGUCGCUACCAGAAGCAAGUCGCGAAAGUGUCAUUCACUAUGUACAGAGUAAUCUUGACUCCAUUACUUUCAAAUCCCUCAAACGUGAUGAAGAGGAUACGCCGGAUGACGUAAAAAUCGCUGUGAUGGAUAAAACGCUUGUAGACGAUCCUGGCCUGUUUUUGACUCGCUGGGGACGUUUCCUGCCACAAGAGGAGUUGAACCACUUUGAACCACUUCGAGCGGGAAUCUACGAAGUCGAUGUUAACUUGCGGUCGUUAUUGAAAAAUCAGCCAGGUAAUAUCGAGACGACGCAGCAAACGAAUGCUCAUGUUCGAAAACAAGUACAAAAUCGCCGCUUUCAAUAUUUGAAGGAUAUACUGAAAGGAUCAGAGUAUUUCUCUGAGGAAGCCAUGCAACUACGAGAACCUAAUCUAUACGAGUACUAUAUUGGCCAACAUAUACCACCUCAUCUUCGCGAUCGCCCUUACGGAGAUGACGUCAAUCUUGUUCAGCGUAUCAUGCAUAAUCUAGACCGUUCAAUAAUAGAUGAGAAGCUUCGACAACAAAAAACCAUCGAAUCUGAACAAGAGGAAGAGGAGGAGGAAGAAGAAGAGGAUGAAGAGGAGGAAGUUGACGAAAAGAUGGACCAAGCGAACGACAGCAUGGAAGCAGAGGAAAUGAAUAAUGCAGAUCCUGUCAUUGCGCCGUUAUCUACAAGUUUACGGGACAAGUCAGCCGAAGCACGGCGGAAGCUAGAAGAAAAUGAUUCUCAUGAAAUGGAACCUAAAGAAUCUGUAACGCAGGCUGAGAGAGAACAGCAUUUUCGAGAUGGACAGAAGGAAGAGUUCGUGAGGAUGAUGGAAGAGCUCUUUCUAGAAGGAAAAGACCCGUCCUUUGAUUACAAACAAGUCGACGAAAACGAGAAAUAUGACGAUCUCGACCAGGAAGAUAUGGACAUGCAAGACAAGUACUUUGACGAAGAGGAUGAAGAGAUUGAAGAGCCAAAAUCAAAAGGGACAGGUGUUUAUGACUAUUAAAUAUAUAUCAACUCAACGCGACAUUAGUGCAAUGGCCAUGCUCACCUAUCCAACUCUGAAAAACAAUCAUACACCUUCAUUUUUUUUAUCAUCAUCUCACAAAGUAAAUGUGAUUGAUUGCACGAUAUAAUUAUUUGGAACUUGAAGAAAUUGUACAAUAUAAUUUGAAUUGGAAAGCUGAUAAUA